CUGUAGUAAAAUAGCAUGCCGUUCAAUAAAAUGGCUUUGUUUUUGUUUUUUAAAUUGUAUUUGCUGUACAGCAAUUAGAUGUCCAAGCUCAGUGUGCUGUAUUAUGUUUUAGCUUUAAACAAUUUGGUAUUUUUGAAAGAUAAAAUAUAGUUGACAGUUGACCAACAUUUUUUUUUAUCAAUGUUGGACAUGCCCACAAAUGGGACACCAGGGUGAAAGUGGUUAGAACAAUCCAGACCUAUCAUUGUGGUAACUGUUGAAUGAUGUCUUGAGUAUCAUUUAAACUAAUAUUGUUAUUUCUUUUACUUUUGUGUUUUUCAUGUAGAGAGCACAUCCACACCAUCUAAAAAAAUAUGAGCAGCUGACUUCACAGAAAAGAAAGAGGGCUUCGGAAGCUGGGACCUCCACCAUCAAACAGACCACCUUGCUGGAUACCCGAUCCAUAUCUCAGAGUGCAGUUGACAGGGCCGUUGUUCAGUAUGUUGUCAACGGGCUCCAGCCAUUGUCAACUGUUGAAAAUGAAGCCUUCAGAGAGCUUCUCACAGAUCUCCUUCCUACUGCCAAAGUCAUCACACGGGUCACCCUGAGAUCAAGGAUUGAAGAUUUAGCAAAGACAAUGAAAAACGUGUUAACUGAGGAGAUGAGUAAAGUGGAUCACAUCGCCACCACUACAGACUGCUGGUCAGUUAGGAGAAGGAGCUUCCUUGGUGUGACUGCCCAUUGGGUGAACCCUACAGACCUAACUAGACGAUCAGCAGCCCUAGCUUGCAGACAGCUAAGAGGUUCCCACACCUUUGAUGUUUUGGCCACCGCACUCAAUGACAUCCAUUCUGAAUAUGGCAUCAGGAACAAAGUUGUGAGGACAACAACCGAUAAUGGCUCCAACUUCCUGAAGGCUUUUCAAAUUUUUAGUGUGGACAAAAACAAUAAUGAAGCAGAAGAGGAAGAGAAAGAGGAUGAGGAAGGGAAUGAGAUGGAGGAGGGUGUGGAAUUUGUUGACGUGACUUCGGUCCUAGAUGAGAAUGAUGGCUUUGAGUUUGAGCUUCCAAAACAUCAACGAUGUGCUUGUCAUCUCCUCAACUUAGUGUCUACACAGUUGAUGCUGAAAAAGCAACAGCCAACGAUGGAUACAAAAAACUGCAACGCUCAACAUUCAGCAAGUGUUAUGGGCUGUGGAAUAAGUGUGGAAGAUCCUGCCAAGCAGCUGAAGCUGUGGAAGAUGCCUGCUCCCUCCAGCUGCUACGACCAAACGCCACUAGGUGGAACUCCAUGUUUAUGGCUGUGGAAAGGCUCCUCAAGAUUCUGAGAGAGAAGGGAGAGCCAGCUUUGAGAGAGAUCUGUGUAGAACUGAAGGUUCCAAUGUUCCAUCCAGUUGAGCUCACUUUCCUCAAAGAGUACUACACCACCAUGAGCCCUGUCGCCCAGUCCAUUAACAUCCUCCAAGGAGAAGUGGAAGUCCAGAUGGGAUGGCUUCUUCCGACUAUUUCCCUGAUGAGCAGCAAACUGGAAAAAAUAAAGAUUGCACUGAAGCACUGCAAGCCGUCGGUUGAAGCCAUUCAAGUGGGCAUCCAGAACCGUUUUGGUGAAAUGUUAAGAGACCCUGAAUUGGUUGCUGCAGCGAUUCUCAUCCCAAAAUUCAAAACGGCCUGGAUCCAAGAUGAUGCUACACUGAAAAUUGGGUUGGACUACAUCAGGGAGCAGUUGGAGGAUCCUUCCAUUUCAGCAGAUGCUGGAUCUGGCUCAUCUGAUGAGGGAGACUUCUUCCACAUCCUGAAAAGUUCCCACAAAACACCAAGCGCCACCAAGCAGCUUGAUUCGUACCUGGCCUACUCAACAGAUGACAUCAAGAUUCUCAAGACGUUUCCUGUGGUUCUCAAGUUGUCUGUCAAACUCAACACACCUCUGCCUGCUUCUGCAGCUUGCGAAAGGCUGUUCAGCAUAGCAGGUCUCAUCUUCAGCCCAAAAAGAGCACGGCUAGCUGCGGACACUUUUGAAAAUCAGCUUCUGCUGAGGAUGAACCGCAAGUUCAACUUCUCCACUUGAACCAGAAAGUUUGUGUGUGUGGUAGUGUGCCUCAGUUCAUGAGGAUUCCCCCAACAUAGUUAAAAAGUGAAAAAGUGGUCCUUGUGUUAAAUUUUGCAAGACAUUGUUUAUUUUUUGAGUUGUAUUCUAUACCACAUUUCAUUCACCUGAAAAAGUGAAAUAAAAAAAACAAGGGGAGAAUAAUUUUUGGUUGUUUUGCUUC